AUGUCUAAUCAGAAUGUCCUAGUGACAUACUCUGCACCAGUAUCAUUUCUGGCUUCAGAGAGCUGGAGGCAAGUGCUAGGAGCCUUGCAAUCUCAACUACCGCUUCGGAGCAUUCACUGGAAGUCAGCCUCCCGACCGAAUCUCAAAACCAUUCAGGAACUUGAGCUUACUCUUGUUCCUUUGGAUUCUCUUCGCGAUGAACACACGUCACAAGUACCAGUUACUCUGUUAGAAAAGCCAUUACUCAACCUGUACGUUGUAACGUGCGAGGAUAAUGACUCGUAUAAAGCAAAUGUGAAGAAACAGAUCAAAGACUGGCAUUCUGCCAUAUCUCAGCGGAAGAAUCAAGAAUGGAUCAUUGUGCAUGUCGUUCGUUCUGAUAUCAAGACCACAGACCGCAAGUUCUUCAACAUGAAGAGCUCUGUCCUUGAUAAAAUAAAGGCAGAUUUCAAUAUUGACAAGCGAGACCGAUGCGUACAGUUGUCAUGGACAGCGGGAGAUCACAGUCCCGUCAUAUGGGCUGAUCUUGUGAACAAGAUCAAGGACGGUUUGCUGUCCGCUCUAGAUUCAUCCGUAUCUCAACGUGAGGAAGAGGUCAGACGCUCUGAGAGUCAGAGGCAAAUGCCUGGUUGGAAUUUCUGCACGUUUUUCAUAUUGAAGGAAAGCCUUGCGAGCUCCUUUGAAGGAGUGAAGCUUUUUGAAGAUGCCCUACACCAGUACAACGAGCUGGAGGUAUCCUUCAUCCAAGUUCUGAGAGAGAAGAACAUGUCAUGGUUUGGUAGUCUCAUCCAGCCUGUGGACAAGGAUGACUCGGUGCCUCUACUCUCAAUUACGAAGAAACAUUAUCGUGACCUCAUCCUCGCCAAUUCUAUCUCGGUAUUUGAUUUCCGGAUAUACUUGCUUGCUCGCCAGUGCGCUCUGCUAAAUAAGAUGGGUCGCCCGUCCGAGAUUUGCCAGAAGGUCACCACCUUUUUGGGCAUGUUUGGUAGACGAUUGCGAGAGGUAGAGGCCAAGUUACCGGAAUACUUUAUUGAGUCGUGGAUAUUCUCUUCUGCUCUCAGUGUUGUCGAUCAAUGUGAUAUGUGGGCUCCUGCGACAGAACUGGAUGGCAUUCAGCUCGCGCGAUUCAGUGCGAGUAAAGGUGAACUCCUUGAAUUAGCUAAGACUCAGCUUGACGUUAUUGGCGUCAAAGUAGGACAUUUACCCAAAAAACCGCCCUUUGCAGCCACAUGUAUGGAAGAAACUGCCUUGCAUCCAGACCAAAACAGUAAACGUUCAUCGACGCGGCGGAUAAGCAAUCACGAGGUCGUGCUAGCUAUUGGGGACAAGGAGGUUUUUUAUGACUUGUAUUGUGCAACUUCAAAUCGUGCCAUCGACAUGUACGUGAAGGCUGGCCGUCGCAAAUUCGCGCUAAAGCUGCAUGGCUUCCUUGCCGCUCUUGACAUCCAUCGAGGACGCCUAGCGAGUGCUCUGGCGAUUUUCACAUCAUUGCCCGCUCACUAUGCACCUCAUAUGUGGGUAUCACUGGAGUCCUUCGUGCUCUCUCGUGCACUCGACAUACAUGCAGAGUUGGAAAAUCCUCAAGAUCGAGAGUGGAUACAUAUCUUACUUGCAUAUAUUAGGACAUGCACAAAUGACACGAGCAAAGAGCUAACAUCGGAAGUGGAUGAGAAGUCUGUUACGGAGCUUAUUAGAGCACUUCACACUGCUGCUGCGAGCUUAGACUCAGAUCUGAUUCAUACAGACCAUCCUAUCAUGGCAAUUCAAGUAUCUGGCGAUGCUACCUGUAGUGACGAUGAAGACUUAGCCUUGGUCGAUGUCACCGUUUCAAACCACCUACCAUGUGAUGUCUUUGUUGAUGAAAUUAACAUAACAUUGCGCGGUCGGGAUUCUGAACGUCUGAAGUUCAUUGCGAAGGUGGAUAAACUUCCUCCUGGUCAAUCGACCGUGACCCUAUCUUGUCCAUCAUCUUCGUGGGGUCUAUAUACUCUUGAGAGCAGUGAAGUAGUAAUGUCGCGUGUCCACUUUCAAUGGCAACAUACGGUUACUGCGGCCGCUACUCCCAAGAAGAACCAGAUUUCAUUGGUCCGCGUGCCGCGCAGUUUGCGCGCUUUGGAUGUACAGAUACGUCAACCUCAGCAAAUUGAGCUUGGAACGACGUCACACCUCUUACUUGUGAUUUCCACUGGCCAGAAUGACAUCUCGAGAGCAACUAUUAAGCUAACUCCACCUUCUGGAGUGCAAUUUAACUAUUCAGCGGCACGCUUAGAGGCCCAAGGUCAGUUUUUUCAAUACGUUUUGAUAUGUACGGGAACUCUUGAGCCCUCUGACAACGCUGUCGUCCUUCUGGAUGCUCCCGUCGACAAAAUCUGGCUAAAUGUGACAUAUAACACGCAAUCCUCGAUGGGUGUGGUCCGCACCUUACAGACUUCAAGAGUUGUCGCGGUCUCGCUACCCAUAGCAGUUAACGUAGAAGACUUUUUCCGUGGCAAAAGACUGUUUUCCAAGUUUACUAUUUCGGCAACUUCCCACCAGCAUGUUCGAAUCUCAUCGACGGAGCUGAAGGGUACACGAAGUCUCGAUGGGGUGAAAAUCUCAGGUUGUCGUCCCAGUCGUCCUGUCGUAACAGUUACGCCAGAAUAUCCUGUGAACUUCUUGUUCUCCAUAGAGUCUUCGAAUGGACCUGAGGUGGAGGCAUUAGUUCGACAAACAGUGGAAGUUGUUUUGUCAAGUAUGCCAGUCGAGGAGCCCCAAUACGUCUCUUUACGACGCAUGCUCAUCGACAAACUUGUCGCACAACUGGAGAGUAACGCUGAAUGGAUAGAAGCAUACAGGGCUACUGGUGAAAUCGUUUUACCUCGUUCGUUUGAAGAUGGCGGGGAUUUUCAAGGUCCUAUUCGGGAGGCAUUGGCACAAUGUCGCCCAGAGACUGCAUCACCCUGCCCUUGGAGAGAGAUCAAGAUACCGGUUGACGUGCCAAGGAUGAAUAUUGUGACUGCAGCACAAAUCACUGUCCAACCCUCUUCACUUCCCAGUGACAUUCAGUCAAAUCAACUACCACCAAUCUACGCAGGCCAGCCAAUCAACGCAACUCUCAUCUUCAAGACAUCUUUUCAUUGGGCUGAGAUAGAGGGCAAACAGCGCUGCUACACGAUGCGAUACGAUGUCGAAGAGCGAGUGAAGGAUUGGCUUUUGUGUGGACGAAAGCGUGGAGAUUUCAUUGCAACUGACGGUGGUUCAUUCACUGUUCCGCUGACAUUGAUAGCUCUGCAUCAUGGCGAAAUUACCUUACCCAAGGUCGACGUUCGGCCACUACCAAUAUCAACGCAAGCCCCGAUGGGAUCUACAGUGCCAAGCGCUGAUGCUUGUCAGGUCCAUGAAGCUGAAAAGGUUUUGAUUCUGCCCAGAGGUGGCAGAAGUACAUAUAUCGUAGGUAUGGGAAGCGAAUACGAAUGA